AUGAUCCCACCUACCGGCCAGCUGAGUGACAUUCCCUCAGAUCGUGCCAAAUUUUUCUCACAAAAUGUGGCAGAAAAGGCUGCGGGCGACAUUAUUGCCCCAUUCACAUUACUCGGCAAAACUGGAUUGAGUCCGAGUGAAGCUAGAGCUCAGACGGCAGCUCAGUGCAAUGUAUCCGAGGAUAUGAUCGAGGAUUUAUUCCCUUGCACAGCUCUGCAAGAAGGCAUGAUGACCAUGACGGUCAAGCGGCCAGGACAAUAUGUCAGACGCUGGGUGUUUCGCCUGGCAAAGGACGUCGCGAUGGAUCAGCUUUUUAAGAAAUGGGAUGAACUUGUUGCACAGCAUCCUAUCUUGCGGACUCGAAUCAUUCAAACUUCGAGGCAGACAAUGCUGCAGACAAUACUUGCACAUAAAACACGGUCGUCAACUGCCACGCAUCAGGGUGUUGAUCAAUAUAUCGCGGAGGACGACACCUGUACUUUCGGAUUGGGCACGCCUUUGGUCCGAUUCGGCUUGAUCAAGGAAACACGAAGUGAUCAGCAAUUUUUUGUGUUGACCAUGCAUCACGCAAUUGUCGACGGAGGUUCGCUUGUGAUGCUUUUCAAUGAGAUGCAAGUCAAGUUCCAUCAGAAUUUCAUCAAAUCCAGGUCAGCGAACAGUGCAACCCCGACUCCUUUCCAGUCCUUCGUGAAGCAUCAAAUGGAGACGGAGAGCAAGGUUAUGAAAUUUUGGGAGCGAAAGCUGGAAGGCUCAGAUCCAGCAAUCUUUCCCAAGCUGCCCUCCCAAAACUACGACCCCAAGGCCAAUGAAAUCCUGGAAUACCGGAUGACUGGGGUCCCUCGCCUUCAAAAGAAUGGAAUUCAACUCUCAACGGCGGUUUGGGCCGCCUGGUCCAUUCUUCAAGCAUCAUACACGCAUUCAUCAGAUGUCGUAUUUGGUGUUCCAGUUACUGGGCGACAGAAAAUCCCAGUCCCGGGUGUCCAGGAAAUGAUGGCUCCAACCGUUGCCACCGUACCUCUCCAGGUCCAGAUAGAUUGGGGGACCAACUUAGGCAAGUUCCUUCAAAAAAUACAGUCCCAGGUGACCGAUAUGCUCCCCUUUGUCCACGUGGUGGUGAAACCCCGCGACAACAAAGUUUUCCAGUACGACAGCGAACGCAGCGCUCGAGAUCUGGGAGUGUUUAACAGCAAUGCUCUGAUGAUUGAGUGCCAGAUCGACGCUGAUGGCUUGCAUCUACUGAUCAGCUCUGAUUCUGCGGUGAUCAAAAGAGAUCAGGUUGUGAGAUUGGCGCAACAAUUUGAGCAUUUCCUACGCCAGAUUUGUGACAGGGAUUCGCAGUUAAUUGAAUUAAGGCGUAUUGACACUCUUAGUCCCCAGGAUGUCCGCGAUGUUCAGCGGUGGAACGCAACUCGCCCCGUCAGAGUGAAUCGAUAUGUACAUGAUCUCAUUGCAGAGCACGUCAACGACCGCCCUGAAGCUCCUGCAAUCUUGAUGAAGACCGGUGCUGCGUUUGUUUUCCUUGACGAAGCACUUCCGUUAGAGCGCAUGAGGGAAAUUGUCGCGCAAACCAGAGCCCAAGUGCUUCUCACCUCACAGAAGUCUCUUGAAAACGCUUCCGGGGCAGGAGUACCUGUCGUUGUGAUGACCGGCGCCGGUGCAGACUGGUUGGAAAAUUCCGAUGAUUCGGUACAAACCCGUCUUGAAACUCUUUCCUCUCAGGGUAGCAGGGGAACCCCUGCGGACUCCCUGUACAUUGCCUUCACAUCGGGCUCUACGGGGAAACCCAAGGGAGCCGUCAUAACGCAUAGCGGUUACGCCUCGGUAGCCUGUGCUCACAAAGGCCCCAUGGGAUUGAAUCAGGACUCCCGAAUGUUACACUUUGCGUCAUACUCCUUCGAUGCCAGCAACUUUGAGGCCCUCACAACAUUCAUUGCUGGUGGAUGCCUCUGUAUUCCAUCUGAAGAAAUGCGCAAGAAUGAUUUGGCGACGGCUAUCACCAAACUCCAAGUUAAUGCUAUGUUUUUGAAACCAACUGUCAGUCGCUUGCUGACCCCGGAGGAUAUUCCCUCAGUUAAGAUUAUGCUGCUUGGUGGUGAACCGAUUUUGGACAGUGACAUUGAAUUCUGGAAUUCCCACCUGCAUUUGAAGAUUGUUUAUGGUCCCACAGAGUGUUCGGCCAUCUGCUGUUGCCUGCCUGAUACCACCGAAGCUGACGCAGGUGCCAUUGGCCAUGGAACUGGGGCCAGCCUUUGGGUCGUGGACCCCUCCGAUUAUCAUAAUCUGGCUCCGGUGGGGGCAAUUGGCGAGCUUAUUCUUGAAGGACCUGUAAUCGGCAACGGGUACCUCAAUAAUGCCGAGAAAACAGCUAUGGCGUUCGUGGAUCGGCCUAACUGGCAUUCUAAGGUUCUCCAGCAGCCAUAUGAUGAAAGCUUCUCUUGGUACCGCACUGGUGACUUGGUUCAAUACCGUGAGGAUGGCUUGCUCAAAUACGUCGGACGAAAAGACCAGCAAGUUAAACUACACGGGCAAAGGUUCGAGCUCGCUGAGGUUGAGAUCCAUCUCCGCAAUGUGUGGAAGGAGGCCAAGGAUGUCGUUGCGGCCAUUGUUACCCCGGUUGGUGGGAAAGCGACACUAGCAGCUUUUAUAUGGCUUGAGCGAUCACCACAAGACCAACAGGCUAUUUGCAGGGAUAUAUUUGCGAGAACUACUUCAGAACAGUUCUCAACAAAGGCCCACGAAACACAGGGCGAGCUGUAUAACCUCAUUCCCAGCUACAUGGUUCCCAGCCUUUUCAUUCCAUUGCAUUUCAUGCCACAGAGGGUCUCUGGCAAGAUUGAUAAAGCACUUCUUUGUUCACAUGCCGCAACUUUCACACGAUCGGAAUUAGAGACUUUCAUGGGCACACAGUCAGACAAGCGGGAAGCAUCUACAUGGGCCGAGGAAAUGAUUGGCGGAUUGAUUCAUGAUCUGCUCCAAAACGACACCACUCCGAGCCCAAACGACAACUUUUUCCGCGUCGGGGGCGAUUCAAUUGUCGCAAUGAAGCUGGUUCAGCGCGUGCGUCGUGCCAAAAUGACCUUAAAUAUCUCUGACAUUUUCCAAUCACCAAAACUGUGUGAUCUUGCACUUCUCAUUCAACAGCGGCAUGAGAAUGCUCGUCCUGCUUCUUCGUUGUUAUCGUCCGCUUCAUCUACCACUUCAUCGCCUUUAUUGACUUUGUCUUUGGAAUCGUCAUGCAUAGGCCUUCCACAGUUUAUGCCAUUCUCAAUGGUAAGCACACAGGUUCGGGACGAGGUCUUCGAGGAGGUUUCCUCCCAAUGUGGGAUCAGCCCGAAGGAGGUUGAGGACAUAUACCCUUGCACGCCUCUACAAGAAGGGCUGAUGUCUUUGAGCAUUGGUAACCCCGGCACCUACAUUCGACAAGAUCGAUACCUGCUACCGACGACCAUUGACGCUGCCCGUGUAAAGGAUGCGUGGAUGCAGGUCAUUGAUGCCAAUCCCAUUCUGCGAACGCGUAUCUAUCAUCCCAGGAAAGGGGAAAAGGCCUUGCAGAUUGUGCUGAACACAACUUUGGAAUGGGAAAACUGCGAGGUGGAUAGCUUACAAGAUAUUUCGACCAGCAACGCUGAUAGAAAAAGGGCAAUGGGUUUCCUCGACCCACUACUACGGCUUACCAUGAUCAGCGAGCGAAAGACCGACCCAUUCCUGCUGGAAGUAACUCUGCACCAUGCCCUUUAUGACUCUUUGUCCAUUGAGCAGAAUUUGGUCAAGUCGAAGCAUCUUACCGUGGCAUACAAGCGCAGCCCCCUUGAUGGAGCUAAUGAAAAGACGGCAUUAUUCCCUGGUCUUCCCGACGAGAAUUAUACACCGCGACCUACCGAGAAGAUGGAAAGUUCGAUACCUGUCCUGCCAGGUCAUCAGCAACUUGGUUAUACGUUGAAUAUCCAGUUACGCGCAGCAUGGGCGAUGACAAUAUUCCAAUACACAUCUUCCAAUGACGUGGUCUUCGGGGUCACCGUCACUGGUCGCAACGGUGAUAUCCCAGGACUCGACCAGGUUACAGGGCCAACCUUUGCGACGAUACCAGUUCGGGCUAUUCGCAACGAUUCGAGAACUGUUGACGAAACACUAUCCUCAUUCCAAAGUCAGAUGGUCGAAGCUAUUCCUUUCGAACAUUGUGGAUUGCAGAACAUCUCCUCUAUCAACAAAGAUGCAGCAAUGGCAUGUGGCUUCCAGACAUUGCUCAUCAUCCAAUCGGCAGUUGGCAAGCAAAAAGACAACCGUGGAGAGAAAGUGAUAUUUUCAUCACCAGUGGCCAAAAGCCCACAAGAAAACUCUCAAGCUGACACUUACGCCUUGACGAUUGAAUGUGCGCCACAGGGUGAUAGCAUUUCUGUGAGAGCUAUCUUCGACUCAACUCUGCUUCCGAUUAAUACAGUUAAGCGACUACUGCUAUUGUUCUCACAUGCAUUCCAUGAGAUGACCCACAACCCCUCCCGCCCAAUGGGAGGAAUCAGCAUGAUCAGCAAAGAGGAUCAAAGCCAGCUGUCCAUUUGGAACUUGACUUUGUCGGAGAAGCCUGUUCUGGAAAACCUUGAACGAAGAUAUUCCUCUGUGCAUGACCUCAUCCAGCGCCAAUGCCACGCCCAUCCCAGUGAUCUCGCUGUUUGUGCGUGGGACGGCAAUUUGACAUACGACCAGCUCGAUCUACAGUCAUCUAUCUUCGCAGGUCAUCUUGCUCAAAACAUGAAAAUUGGACCGGAGGUUAUUGUACCAUUGUGUUUUGAGAAGUCCCUGUGGACAACCGUGGCCAUGUUGGGCGUUAUGAAAGCCGGGGCUGCCUUUGUUCUCCUGGAUCCCUCCUCGCAGCCUGCUCACAGAAUGCAAGGCAUAUGCAAACAAGUCAAGGCCUCGUUUGUCAUUUGCUCCAGAAGCAAUGUUUCAAAUUUCGAACAGACUUCAAAUAUUACUCCCAUUGUUUUGGAUGGGCACACUCUGGACACUAUGCAGAGUGCACAAAAUUCCACCCCGGAACAUAUCCUGCUUUCUCCCUCGCACGAGAAUUCCCUGUACGUGGUGUUCACCUCUGGAUCAACCGGUCAACCCAAAGGGAUAAUUAUCGAACACGGCGGGUAUGCAACAUCUGCAUUAGCUCGCCAGAGCACCCUGGGUCUCCACAGGGGAUCACGGGUAUUGCAGUUUGCCUCUUACGCUUUCGACGUGAGCAUUGAAAACACUCUCGAUACGUUGAUCACCGGCGGCUGUGUCUGUGUCCCGUCUGAAUCUCAGCGCAAAACAGACUUCGCCCGGAUCACCGACGAGUUCCAGGUCACUUAUGCAGAUUUGACGCCUUCAGUGGCUCGACUACUCAGCCCCAGUGACAUUCCAACCGUUGAAACCAUGGUACUGGGUGGAGAGGCAAUGGCCAGCGAAGAUGUUAACAGAUGGGCAACUCAAGUCCGCCUUGUCAACGCUUAUGGUCCAGCGGAGUGUGCCGUGACUGCUACUGUGCAACACGUCCAAGCGACAAGUGCCUGCAGCAAUGCAGAUGCAACCAACAUCGGACGGGCAUUCCCGACGGCUGGAACUUGGGUUGUCGACCAAUCUGACCACAACAAACUCGUCCCCAUUGGAGUCACGGGGGAGUUAGUGAUUGAGGGGCCUCUCGUCGGCCGCGGGUAUUUGAACGGUGGAAAUGAAACAUCCCGAUCAACUUCCUUCCUGCAAGAUCCACCAGCGUGGAGAAGUCAAUUUUCCUCUUCCAUAGGAAAAAUAAGCACACGGAUGUAUUGCACAGGUGAUUUGGUCCAAUACAACGCUGAUGGAUCUUUGAAAUAUCUUGGCCGGAAAGAUCAACAAGUGAAGAUCUAUGGACAGCGUAUCGAGCUGGGAGAAAUUGAAUCUCAGCUUCGUGUCGCGUUCCCCUCAGCCAUCGACGUACUUGUGGACGUUGCAGUCACUAGCAAAAACCCACGACCCUCUCUCAUAUCCUUCAUCAGCUAUCCAGGUACGAAAGAAGAAGCUGAAAGCUGCGGAGACACCACGAUACUACCGUCAACGCCGCUCUUCCGAAAUUCGGUCGCAGAAGCAGAGGUCAGACUCCAUGAGCUCCUUCCGCGAUAUAUGAUGCCAACGGUCUUCAUUCCCGUGCGAAGCAUUCCCCAAACUGCAGCGGGCAAGGCCGAUCGUCGGACACUAUGUCAAGCGGCCUCUGGUCUAUCUCUGGAAGAAAUUGAGAGUUACAUGACGUCCCGGGACGAAGUGCGAGCUCCAUCUACCGCAAUGGAAAAGGCAUUGCAGGUCUUGUGGGCCAAAGUUUUGGGGGUUUCACCGGAAACGAUCAAUGCCAGCGACGGGUUCUUCCGUGUUGGUGGAAACUCGAUCUUAGCCAUGAAGCUUGCGGGGCUCGCCAAAUCGGAGGGAAUCAAGUUGUCAGUUCCUGAUCUCUUUGAGAACAAAUCUCUGGAAACAUUAGCAUUUGAACUCGAUACUUCCGUACAUGCCGAGGCUAACGCAACCGUACCAUUUUUCGACUGGGACCUGGAGGCUGCGAUUCCUGAGAGUCUGGAUGACGAGUUGCAGCUUUGUCUUACGGAUGGACUCCACCGACAGAAUGAGCCCACGGUCGACAAAAGAGGAAUCGAAAUUAUCCUUACUGGCUCAACUGGCCAUCUAGGUGGUGAAAUCCUUCGUCAACUCGUCGGUCGCGCCGAUAUUCGUUGCAUUCAUUGCGUCGCUGUCCGGAGACCAGAUCAACUCGCCAUUCCGAAUUGGUCGGCCCAAGACAACUUCGAUUGGAAGACUUUGUUUGAUCAAAAAGUGAAGGUCUAUCAAGGCGAUCUUUCAUUGCCGCGUGUCGGCCUUUCCGAGGAUGAGGAAACUAUCUUAUCAAAUUGCCGAGCCAUAAUUCAUUGCGGUGCCCUUGUAUCGUUCGUCAGAAGCUACGAUCUCAUGCGAGAUAUCAACGUUGGCUCAACGAGAUACCUCGCAGGGUUGGCAGUCAAAGCGUCGAUGGCGUUCCAUUUCAUCUCAACUGUCGGAGUCAACUGUGCUCCCGGACAAGAGCACGCAAUUAUUGAGGAGACUUCGGUGGCAGAAGCUCACCCACCUUCCGAUGGUGCAGGUGGGUAUAUUGCCAGCAAAUGGGUCAGUGAAGUUUUCCUCGAGCGAGUCAGUGCCCGAUAUGGUUUACCCGUCUCCAUCCACCGGCCAUCCAAUGUCGUUGGACCCAAUGCCUCCAAGGAUGAUAUUAUCAACAGUUUGUUGGAUACGUGUCGCCGGAUAGGAAUGGUACCUAGACUCCCGGGCUGGACAGGCUAUUUCGACUUGAUUAGUGCUGAGGCAGCUGCGUCAAACAUCGUCAGCUCUAUUGAGGAGAGUAUCCAGGUCAACCACGGCAUCGACAGUAUUGGCAGUGUACAGUACCGACAUGAGUCCGGUGGCGCAGUCAUACCUGUUGAUGCUUUGAAUUCGGUCAUCGAGAAGACUGAGGGCAGACCCAUUCGUCUUGUGGAUUUGGAUGAAUGGAUGCAAGAUGCUCGGUCUAAUGCGGGCACGUCCGAUCUUGUGUUGGAGUUCCUGGAAAUGAGGAAGGGGAAAGGAGUCUGCAUGCCGCUGAUCCGCAACAAUCGAACGGCUUGGUUCUCUGGUGGAGCGACCCCAGGGGGUAUUUUGGGAAAGGGGAAAUUGUCGGGGAUGAAAGGAAGGCAGAUGCGUGAAGUGAUUUCCUCUGUAUAG